AGAGGAGACUCGCGGCCAACCAAUGAAGGCUGUUGUGACUUUUUGUCUUUCUUGUGAAACAGAGGACAUGAAGUCUUGUGUAUUUGCAACUUAGUCCCCAUUCUCCUGUUUGAAUAUCCAUCCCUUUCCCAAAUUUAGCUUGAAAAACAUGGUAUGAUUGAUAAUGAUGUAUAGCGCGCGUGCUUCUGUGUCCACCACUCUUUUUGCAAUGACUGUCACGUCCUUCAUUUCAAAUUGAAAAAGUAAAGUUUAAGCUCCAGCACUGAAGCAGCUUUACUUUGUGGAUUGGAAAAGGAAAAAUGGGUUUGAAGGUAGGAGGAAGCAGGUCACCACCAUACAAGGCUGGUGUCUCCUCUAAAUGGGUCACUCUGCUUUGCAUUGCCAGCUUCUGCUUUGGUGUUUUUGUUAUCAACAGGUUAUUGACAGUGCCUGGUCCAGUUAGAACCGUGGACAACGCUAUAUCUGGGGAACAUGUGUCACAAGAACUUCAUCCUGUUCUUAAGUGCGAGAAAAAGGAUAAUUCUCUGGUAGCAGGAGAUAUUCUCUCCCAAGUUUCAAAAACACAUGACGUAAUCAUGGGAUUGGACAAAACCAUAGCUUCUCUGGAAAUGAAGCUCGCUGCCGCUAGAGCUGCUAAAGCAGAAAAUGAAGAAAUAUCUACUGUUGAUAGGAAACCAGUAAUUGAGCCUUUGAAUAACCGCCCUAAGGUUUUCUUAGUUAUGGGAAUCAUUACUGCUUUCAGCAGCAGAAAGCGCAGGGAUUCAAUUAGGGAAACUUGGAUGCCUCAAGGGGAGGAUCUAAGAAAGUUGGAAAAGGAGAAGGGCAUCAUCAUACGGUUUGUGAUAGGGCACAGUGCAACCCCAGGUGGAGUCCUGGAUCGUGCUAUAGAUGCUGAGGAUGCACAGCAUAAUGAUUUCUUCCGACUUAAUCAUGUGGAAGGAUAUCAUGAGCUGUCCUCCAAGACUCAAUUAUACUUUUCAACUGCAGUGGCAAACUGGGAUGCUGAAUUCUUUAUUAAAGUUGAUGAUGAUGUGCAUGUCAAUCUGGGUGUUGUUGGUUCAUUGUUAGACCGUCAUCGAUCUAAACCUCGGGUGUAUGUUGGUUGCAUGAAAUCUGGACCUGUUCUCUCGCAGAAAUUAGUGAAGUACCAUGAACCGGAAUACUGGAAAUUUGGUGAGGAGGGAAAUAAGUAUUUUAGGCAUGCAACUGGACAAAUAUAUGCGAUCUCCAAGGAUUUGGCUACCUACAUAUCAAUCAAUGGACACAUUCUCCACAGGUAUGCAAAUGAAGAUGUUUCUCUAGGUUCUUGGUUUAUUGGGCUGGAUAUUGAACAUAUUGAUGAACGAAGUUUGUGCUGUGGAACACCCCCAGACUGCGAGUGGAAGGCCCAAGCUGGGAACACUUGUGCUGCAUCAUUCGAUUGGAGCUGUAGUGGAAUUUGUAAAUCAGUCGAAAGGAUGGAAGAGGUUCACCAGCGCUGCGGAGAGGGUAAUGGAGCAAUAUGGCAUACCAGUUUCUGAAAACUUACGAUUAUGCUUGAUUCUUUUCUUUGUUACUCCAAUUGUAAAGUAAAUUUUGUGAGUGGUAACAAGAGGCAUGUGGUGAGAACAUGUGAUCGGCCCCUUUUUUGCUUAUCAAAGCCAUGUGACUUGAAAUCUGUAGAGUUCACUAACUUAAUCAUGCAAAUUGGAAGUUUAUUAGUUAGGCAGAAAAUUGAUGUCAUGAACCAGUCUUAUUCAUGGAAUUCCAAA